AUGGCAACUGGGGCAGGAGCAGGGACUGGGGCAGGAGCUGGUAGCACAGUUACAAACCAGUCCAAUAAAAAGAGGCCAGUCAAAGGCAAACUUUACCCAGUGAACAUCGCAGUGCUGAAUGAACCUGAGGGGGUCGUGUUUAAACCCCGAGUAAAGCCUGUCUCUGUUUCAGAGAACCCAGAGGAAAAUCCAUUGAUGGAAGUGAUUGGUGUCUUUGCAGCCACUGACCCUGACACCGGAAAGCCUGCAGAAAAUGUUCAAUAUGCUAAAGGCUAUGAUCCUGACAACUGGCUAUUGAUUGACCCAGAAACAGCAGAGAUUAGACUUCAGAAGUUCCCCGACAGAGAGUCCCCAUCUGUGAUUAAUGGAACUUACUACGCUGAAAUACUGAGUCUGAAUGAGGACAGGCGUUUUGGGAUUGCCACUGGAACAAUAGCGUUGAAGGUGGGAGAUGUGAAUGAUGACUGCCCCACAUUGACCAACCACGUGGAGUACAUCUGCUCAGACACUGAGGUGAUUAAUGUUAAGGCAGUGGAUAAAGAUGGACAUCCAAAUUCAGACCCUUUCACCUUCCUCCUUGUGGAAGAGGAGAGCCGAGGAGAUUGGAGGGUUGAACCUUUAAAUGGUACCAGUGCAUCCCUCAGGGCUUUGAAACUUCUUUGGGCUGGUCACUACCAGGUCGCCUUCAUCAUCCAGGAUCAGCAGGGCCUCGCCUGCCCAGACCCUCAGUACCUGGACCUAUAUGUGUGCUCCUGUGAGAAAGGAGAGACCUGCAGACCAGCAGGUAUAGAUGGUUUAACAGCUUCUCGCAAGGAAUCCUCAUCUACAUUUGGAGGACUGGGAGUGGGGGCACUGAUCCUGGGACUUCUGAUGCUGCUUGCGGUAGGUGUCUUACUGAUAACCUGCUCACGUGGAGGAGAAUCAGGGAGCUUCUCUGAUUUCCCUUUUGAUACCACAGAACACUUGAUUGUCUAUCAUACAGAGGCCCGAGGCGAGAACAAGGAGGUCCCUCUGCUUAGCUCUCCAGUCCAGACAAAGUCUGCUGCCGUAGCUAAAUUAUCAGCCAGCAAUGGAGCUUCCAACGCCAAAGCAAACACAACAGCUACCUUAGGGAAUCUUGAGAUGGGCUCUGCCAACAAAACCUACACGUCGAGGUAUGGGGCUGAUAGCAGAAACUGGGAGAGCUUUGGAGAAUCUAAAGAGACCCAGACAGAGUUUUUCUCGAUGGAGGAGGAACUGUUACGGUUUGACAGCAUGGAUGACAUUGCCCUCUCUGAUGUGUUUCUGCAUCAGUACUACUCUCAGAAAGCAAGAUGUGCUGCAAAAAAUCAAGCAGCGAGAGACUAUGUGCUUGAGUAUGAGUAUGAGGGCCAGGACUCCCCUGCUGGCUCAGUGAGCAGCUGCAGCCUCCCAGACUCUGACAAAGACCAGCACUUCCUUGAUGAUCUCGGGCUGAAGUUCAAGAAGCUAGCUGACAUCUGUUCUCCUCCUCGACCUCUGACACAUCUAAGUUUUGUCACCCAGCAGGUGGAUAAAGUUGACCACAUUGCUGCGCCCUUAUUGGAGAGUAAACCACUCAGCAUCCAUGGCAAGAUCCAAGAGCAAACCCAAAAUGUCAGCAUCACCCAGUCACCCACCAGUGACAUCGGCUUAAGUAGAACCUCCACCAGCAGCACGCAUAGGCAAAAAACAACCAGUGUCCCAAGUUUAAGCAGGAAAUCCACCAGCAGCACCCAUGGGAAAAAAUCCACGAGUGUCACAGGCUUUGAUGGAUCAGCUUGUGGCAGCAUUUACAGCCAGUUUUCACACAUGCCUCAUUCACCCCAUAUUAGUCCUGUUACCACAGCCAUGAUGCCCUCUGUGGCUCAGAUGCUUGUACUACAGCAGCAGCCAGUCUACUACACCACCACCCCUAUGAUGCAGCCAAUGCAUUACAUAGUCCAACCACAACUUCAGAACACAGUGCUUCUGGCUGAUGGGCCUGUCAGCAACCUGCAGGGUAAUUCCCCCGUGUAUCUGCACGGGGGAAACACUGCUGGGACUUUCAGUCUGGGUAGAGGAAGAGGCAACAGAGUGAUGGAGGAUAACCAGGGAGUAAAGACAUGGACAUUUUCUCAUGGCCCAGGAGUAGUGAUGGGUGUCAGGAAGAGUGGUCGAAGGAUCAAGUCAGAGAGUGGAGAGGCAGCUGAGACAUGUCAUAGUAGUACAGGGAUGCAGACAGGUCAACGCAUUAGUUUGGGAGCAGUAGAGUUUGGAGAGGAACAGCUAGUGUUCACGCAGGAAGGAGACAUGAGAAGAAAGUCGACAGCAUCAGCAGAGGCAGUUUUCAUUUAUUAGUAUUUACUCCAGUACCACCUGGCUUUUUAAUUGAUGAUUACUUAACAUUGUUGGAUCACAUUAACAUUAUUGUUGAAAAAAUGGGGCAGGGUAUUACAAUCAUGAGAAAGGUCUCCUCCAGUGUAACACUAUCAAUUCAAGAGACAAUCGCUUUCUUAUCUAGGGUGCUGCAAAAAAUGUAUAUUUUGAAGCUCCAGCUUGCACAAAAUAGCACUGAAAGAACUAAUGUCGCAAAGAUGCACCACAGUCUGGCACGGUAUACUGCUGAGGAGAAAUUUACUGACAGUCUUCUCACAUUUACUAGAAAUGGAAUCCUAGAUGGUAAACUGAACAGACAGAUCUGUUGUAUAAUCACCAUAUUAUACAGGUCACCAUGGGUCAUCUUGUUCUCCCUAAGCCUAAAACAAAUCAACUUAAAAAUGCCAAUGGAUAUUAGUUCCUACACAAAUUACACAAGUCAUAAGCAAAUAUUUAUUUAAAAAAAACACUCUAACUGUAACUGAUGAGAGGGACCACACAAAAUCAAUAAUGCUAUGCUGUUUUCUUAUGGGAUCUCAACCCACUACUUUGUUUGAUAACCUCUGUACAUAAUUUUUAUUUCCUUGCUUUUAUUUAAAAUAUGUAAUUUUGUUUAAGUGAUAUUUUGAUUACUUUGAUUUCUAGUAUGUUAUUUUGGGCUAAACUGAUAGUGUCAGUCUACAUUUGUAUGUGUGUGUUAUGUCUGUGUGCUGUCAGUGUUUGCAUUACUUUAUGUGGACCCCUGGAAAAUUUGCAACUGCUGAAAAUAUCGAGUUCUUUUGUAAUUGCAUAAAUAAUCAUAUGUAAAGUACUGAUGUACAGUAAGUACAAAAAUAGACCUGUGCGGUUUUUGUGUAACAUCUCACUGUGUUUUAGUGCAGUUAAGAAAUAUACACUUCUAUACUACUAUACAAGUAGCGAUUAAAGAGUCUCACAAGACUCACAUUGAAUCCUACAACGAAUCCCAUAAUUAUUGAUAAUUUAACAAUAAUAAUAACUUUAUCCAAAAAUCACAGAGAGUGUUCAUCUACACUGUACACUGAAUUAACUACUGAACAAGGAGCACAUUGUUUGUGGAGAGUGCGAUAGAGCAGAAGGGGAUAUCCUGAGAUUUCCAACCAUAAGGUGCCAGUUUAUUCUUCUCACACUUGAUGGCAGUAGAGAGCUACUGUUGUUUAUCAUGAAUCUGAGGAGGACCAUGUGUGCAGCAGAAUAAUGCAUUAAAACACUAGAUGAAGCUGUUCACCUUGUUUACUCUGUCAUGUGAUACUGUUUCUGAUAUGUUGAAAUACUGGCACUGAUUAGCAUAAAUUAAUCCAGCAGAUGAUUUGGAGGACACACUGGAGACAUUUUGCUCUUUAAAGGCUCAUUGUUAACAGUCACUUUAGCACUUACAGGGUCUGGUGGAGGGAAACUAAUAAUAACACAUCAUAAGACAUACAGUAUGUUUUAGGUUGUUGUAGGUUGUAGGUGUAUGUAUUUCAACAUUAAAAUAUAUGUUGCAUAAAAAGGAGUUAAACUGUUUAUAUGUGUUUGUUAUUUUAUAAAAUACAAUUUAUGAAGCUGUGCUGUUAUUUCUAAAUCUAUUUCAAUGCAUUAUGGUUGACUGUCAUUUUUUAGGCUGUGAUCUGUGGUGCCAUCGUUCUGUUACAGUCAGUGUUGACAAGGGUUAACUGUAACUAGAGUCUCCCUUUGCUGAAGAACUCUUCCUGUGUUUGGUUCAAACUUGUCUCUUUGCAGUGUCUCUGACAGCUAUUUGAGCAGAAGCUCUGGCCUUUUGCCUCAGACCUGUCGCCUCAUGUUGUCUUGUUCUGCUUGUUUACAACCCAAAUGUCAAUAAAGAAAAAAUGUUAAUGA